GGGGGAAGUGGCCCGGGAGGGUCUCCUGUGGCCGCAUAAAAUUGGCAGAACAAGGAGGGGGGGUUAGAGUGCGACGUCGAUGGGCGGGGAGAGGGGGCGGAGGAGCUGUUCUCUGAGUCCAAGUCCGUGGGCUCUCUCAGAGAUCCUCAGGCCGGAGCCGAGGUGGCUGGCAGGCCCAGCCUACUGCGUGCCUCUGCUUUCUUUCCGUUGCCUCCUUUUUCGGACAGGAGUCGUGGCUGCACCGAAGGGCCUAGUCCCGAACACUAGGGUGCCACGAACGCGCUGAUGCCCUGAGUGCUUGCAGGGCUUCCAGCUAACCAUGCCGCGGUCGCCCGCAGCUGCCUUAGCACUGCCCCUGCUACUGCUGCUGUUGCGGACGUCGCUCCUGAGCAGUGCGCGAUCGUCCCCAGGCCCGGAUUAUCUGCGGCGCGGUUGGCUGCGGCUGCUGGCGGAGGGCGAGGGCUGCGCGCCCUGCCGGCCAGAAGAGUGCGCCGCGCCACGGGGCUGCCUGGCCGGCCGGGUACGCGACGCAUGCGGCUGCUGCUGGGAAUGCGCCAACCUCGAGGGUCAGCUCUGCGACCUGGACCCCAGCGCUCACUUCUAUGGGCGCUGCGGCGAGCAGCUUGAGUGCCGUUUGGACACAGGUGGCGACCUGAGUCGCGGCGAGGUGCCAGAGCCGCUGUGUGCCUGCCGCUCGCAGCGUCCCCUCUGCGGCUCUGACGGCCGCACCUACGCGCAGAUUUGCCGUUUGCAGGAGGCGGCCCGUGCUCGGCCCGACGCCAACCUCACCGUGGCUCACCCGGGGCCCUGCGAGUCGGAGCCCCAGAUUAUGUCGCACCCGCACGACACUUGGAAUGUGACAGGGCAGGACGUGAUCUUUGGCUGUGAAGUGUUUGCCUACCCUAUGGCCUCCAUUGAGUGGAGGAAGGAUGGCUUGGACAUCCAGCUGCCAGGGGAUGACCCCCACAUCUCUGUGCAGUUUAGGGGUGGACCCCAGAGGUUUGAGGUGACAGGCUGGCUGCAGAUCCAGGCUGUGCGUCCUAGUGAUGAGGGCACCUACCGCUGCCUUGCCCGAAAUGCCCUGGGCCAGGUGGAGGCCCUGGCUAGCCUGACAGUGCUCACACCAGACCAGCUGAACUCCACAGGCAUCCCCCAGCUGCAGUCCCUGAACCUGCUUCCUGAGGAGGAGGCUGAGAGUGAAGAGGGCGAGGACUACUACUAG